GGCUUGCCACGUCGGCUUCUUCAUCUAGGGUUUAUGGCGAGAUCGAGAGCCAAGUACCGGAAGAACAGGCCCAAGGUGCGCGUUCGAGUGCCAAAGAAGCCCAAGAGGCCGCAAGCGCAGGAUGUUGCCAUCCCCGGCUCGCAAGAAAUACUUAAGCUAGAUGAGAAGACCGUGACGGCGAGCUACAAAUCGGCGGGGAUUCUUGCCGAUCCAAAUCGUCUCCAGUCGCACGACUUGCCACUGACCGAUGCUGUGAUGGAAUCGCUCGAGACCGACGAUGUUCGCUCUGCUCUUGGCAAGAAACGAAGGGAUGGGAAGAAUGCUGGCUUGCAGCGUCUCACAAAGAUGCAGAGAGUCCAUAUCGCGCGGCUCAUCAAACAGUAUGGGAACGACUUCGAGGCAAUGGCGAGAGACAUAAAGCUCAACACCAUGCAGCAUUCUCAAGGAGUUCUCAGGAAGCUCUGUGCAAGGUUUCACGCGUACCAUCAGCUAUGAACUCCAAGACAAUAGUUUUUUUCCCAUGAACCAAAAAGAAAUGGAACAACUUAACUUAGUACACGCCAGGGAGUACCUUGUAAGGAACUUCUCGGCAGUACAGGUCCCAGAAUUUUUUGUACCUGGAUAGGAAAAAAUGUGUAAGAGCGUGAACGAAAUGAAAUGCGAGAUCUUACUUCGUCCGGCA